AUGGAUAAAUCUGACCAGGAACACAAAAGGCCAGCCUCCAGGAGAACUAAAGAGAGCCAUGGAAAAAAGAUCAGGGCCUCUGAGAUCCCUGGAACCUCAAGAAGCUGCCAGGACCUGAUCGAAUCCAGGAGGAUGCUGAAGAGGAAGAUGAUUGAAGGAAAAGAGGAAGGUUCCACACCGGCCAAGUGCAGGAAGGAAGAACUCCAGGAUCAGCUUCCAACCAGAGAGUCUUCCUCCUCAGUGGACAUCAUCAUAGAGAGAAGCAGCAGCGUGAAGCUACCAAGUGGUGAGUCUGCUGAGGAUUGCAGACCAAAUAACAGGAGAAAUUCUGGUGAUGAGAUCCACGGGAAAAGGAUCAGGGCCUCUGAGAUGCCUGGAACCUCAAGAAGCUGCCAGGACCUGAUCGAAACCAGGAGGAUGCUGAAGAGGAAGAUGACAGAAGGAAAAGAAGAAGGUUCAACACCAGCCAAGUGCAGGAAGGAAGAACUCCAGGAUCAGCUUCCAACCAGAGAGUCUUCCUCCUCAGUGGACAUCGUCAUAGAGAUCAACAGCAGCAGCACGAUGCCACGGUGUGCUGAGUCCAUUGGAGACAGCACACCGAAGAGAAGGAAAAGGGCUAAAAAAGAGACCCGCCGAAAAUGGACCAGGGUUACUAAGAUGUUUGGACCAUCCAAAAGCCACCAGGACGGGACGAGGAUUGUGAGGAGACUGAGGAGAAAAAUAACAGAAGAAGGAGAGGGAUCUCCAACACCGGCAGAGAAUGAGAAUAAGGGACUCCUGCAGCAGGACGCAACCAAAGAGCCCCCAUCCUCAGUGGACGUCAGCACAGGCGAUUUACGGAAGAGGAAUCUGAAGAAGGAGGACAAGGACAUUGAGGAACCACAGCUGAGGAAUAGGAGGAAGAAUACCAGGAAGAAGACGAAGAAGACAAAAGAAAUGGAUUCCCAAAGAGCUGAAUUCCAGGAAAAAUAUACUGAGCUGCAUCUACUGGGAAAAGGAGGCUAUGGAUCUGUGUUUGCUGGACAUCGAGAGGUGGAUAAAUUACCUGUGGCUAUCAAACACAUUCCAAAGGAAAAGGUGGACCGCAAACAUAACGAUGAGAACGGUAGGGAGAUGGCGUUGGAGGUGGCCAUCAUGCUGAAACUGAAGAAUCUGAGUAGCAGUUCAUCAGGGCAGUUGGCCACAGUGUCCCUGCUGGACUGGUAUGAACUGGAGGAGGAGCUGCUCAUAGUGAUGGAGAGGCCCACGCCUUCGCAGGACCUCAAUGACUACCUUGAUGAGAAUGGAGGUUGUCUACAUGAGGAGGAGGCCAAGGUCAUUUUAAAACAGUUGGUGGAAGCAACGAUUCAACUUCAGGAUGCAAACAUCUUCCACAGAGAUAUUAAAUUGGAAAAUGUCCUUAUUGAGAGGAGCUCAGAAGGCCUACAAGCCUAUCUCAUAGACUUCGGUCUAAGCUGCUUUGACCACGGAAGGAAAUUUACCAUUUUCCAAGGGACCCAUGCUCUUGAAUCACCAGAGUAUCGCACACAAAAGAAAUAUUUUGCUGGACCCACAACAGUGUGGCAGCUGGGAGUGGUCCUGUUUGAAAUUCUCCACGAUACAAAUUUUGACACCAACAAAUUUCUCAAAAAGAAGCUAAAGAUCAGCAAGAGGCUUCCCAAAAACUGCCAUGAUAUUCUGACUAGGUGCCUGAAGACAAACCCAGAGGAGCGUCCCACACUGGAAGAGCUGCUCAAUCACCGAUGGUUUUCUUAA